AUGUCCACCACAUACGAUGUCAUGGACCUCCUCUCCAUCUUCUCUAUCAUCGUAGUCGCAUUGGGCUGCUUCAAUCGAGGACUCCUCACAUCAUCCCCAGCCAUCUGCGCCAUCUUCAUCUUAUGCGGCGGCUUCCUGUUCCUCUGCGCAAUCUCGAUCUUUCUCCACAGCGCAAUCGCGGUUUACACCACUGUCGCCAACGCCAUUGACCAUGUUGCGCGAUUCCUUCAGGUCAUCUUCCCGAACGCGACAAUGCUGGGUCUCAUCAUGAAUCCGAUCGUCAUGCUACUCAUAGCAGCAAUUGCCUGGCACCUUUACACUCAGUUCAAGCGAGCACUCACGCAGCCGCCAAUCGAGCCAGACUUGGACAUCGAGAUGGAAGACGCACCUGCACCCACCAGCAGCGAAGUUGAGCCACUAGCGGAGGACCAGGCUGGGAAAGCAGUAGAUCUUGAGAGUCGAGUCGACUCGAGAAAAGAUCCUGCAAGCAAGGCAGCAACACCACCGAACAAGCCACACCCGAAUGAAUCAUGCUCACCGAAGCCUCACCUGCCUGCUCAAGCGCGUGCUAGUCUUCUUAAAUCACCGAAGCAACGUCUGCCCAAGCCUCGAGUCACGAAUAUGUCGUCACAGUGCUUACGCACGCCCGACAUUGACGUCGACUGGCCCGGCAAGAAGUACGUCCGCCCCGACACAAUCGCAUGUGUGAUCGAGAGCAAGCCUCAGCGACUAGCCAUUUGGGGGUCAGAGGACUAUCCCAGACCCUUGCUUGACUUGAGGACUGUGAAGUCGAAGUUGCAGAUAGGCUGUGGGCCCAAGAAGAAUGAGAGGCCGUCUACACCAACAAAGAAGCCUGCCGCCAUUGUAGUGCCGGAGAUCGUGCAGGAUGAGAUCGAAGAGCUUGCGCCUGAGUUUGAACAGUCACCGACUGCCCCAGUCACACCAGCGGAGGAGCUCGUGGUUACUGUAGAGCCUGAGGUGCUGCGAGAGGUGGAGGAAAGCGAAGCGCUUCAACUCGAGCAGUCGCCAAGUGCUUCGACCACACCAGCAUCGCAGCCUGCUAGCGAGGUUCAGGAGGAGGCCUCAGCCUCGACCUAUCUCCUGAGUCCCGAGCGCGAAGCGCCAGUAUCUGCAGCGCCUAUUUCCGCGCCAGCACAAGUCUUUCUGCCCGUUCAAGACAGUGUCGAAGCUUCGGCGUCUGUAAGUGCAGAGCCAUGGCUAGCUCUACCAGGGCUGUCCAUGCCUACGAGCGCAGCGGUCCCACAGACGGAGACAGGAGCCGAGAGACUGAGCAAGUCACGCGCUGCACUGAAAGUAGAGAAGGGCAUCACUGUACCAGCGCCUGGCUCUCUCGGCGCGUCUGUGUCCUCGGCAUUUGAGGCGGGGCCUGCCAUUAGUAUGGAAGCAUUGUCGAAGCUGGUAUCUGCCAUCGGUACUGGCGCGCUUACUGCCACCCCGCCAUUAUCGCCAGCUCCCGUGCUCAACGGCGAGCCAGCUGAUGGCUCAGACUUACUCGCCAGCCUGAUAACAACACCCCGCCUCGUCGGCCUCGCCCCUGAGCUGCGGAGGAUCCCAGCCAAGGUGAAGGUACCGGCGGCCUUGCGACGCUGCAAGGGCGAUACGUCGAUGUAUCGAGCCCUCAAGGCGCACACGAGUAGGCCACCAGUGGCAAAGUCGCCGUUGUCACAGGUCAUGAAUGCGUACGCGGGCGCAGCUCGAGGCUCACGCCCAUUCCCGUCGGUGCCGAAGCCAGAGCCAGAAGCAGAGUCACCGCAGGCUGAUGAGAAUGACGCUGGGGGCGCUGGAAUGCCGGAGGCGACUCCCGAUGAUCACACAGGCACCAGCCCUGAUAUUGAUCUCGAUGAUGUCGUGACUCCGGUCCAAGGUGUCAUGGAUGAAGGUGUUGCGACGUCGCAGGCGCCUCCCGCAGAGGGAGCGAGUGUCGCGACGCCGCCACCUGCGACCACCCCAUCCGAGACCGCGGCACCAUCUCCCUCAAUCAACGAGGUUGAGAUGCAAGACGCGGCUCCGGUGGCUGCGAGCACUCCUUUCUCCUCGCCACCAUCCAUGCCGUACACUGCGCAGCCAGCCCUGCAAGCCGACUUCACUGCCAGCGAGGAUGUUCCAAUGCAGGAGGCGCAACCAGUAUUCCUGCCCCCCGAGCUCACUCUUGCCAACAUCUUGAAGCAGGUCUCUGCCGUAGAGGAUGUCUCCAUGCCCGAUGCGUCUUCGACGGCCUCGCAGAGUGGCACUGCAUCACGGCCAGUGACUGUGCAAUUCGUUGGUUCUGGACUACCGGCCAUAUCGGCUGGACUUCAUGGUGAGCAAGCGACUCCAGCCGCCACGAUAGGUAGCCCUCCUAUCAAGGAUACCACAAUGACCGAUGCGCCUCUGCCGACGAACCCGCCACUUGUCAGCCCCUAUUUAGCUGCCCUAUUGGCUGGAAUGCACACUGAUCAAGCCCCAAAAGCAAGCAAUUUGCCAGGUCUUUCAACACCAGUGCGAAGUUCGACGGCACCUGCGAGCUCUCCCAGCUCUCCGCCAAAGGCCAAGUGUAAAGACUGUGGGGGUCUUCUGUUCAGUGGCAACGCUAUGAUCGAUGGCCAGGUCCAGGAAGCAGCCAAGUGCUGUGGCGGCUGUGUGGGAGCAGCAAACCGUGCUGCGCGAGCUCAGAAGAAGGCUGCGGAAGCUGCAGCAAAAGCUCAGAAGAAGGCCGCGGAAGCUGCUGCAUCGUCGUCAGGCCCAGCACUGGCAAGUAAGCCAGCAUCGACAACGGGCAUUGACCCGAACCUGGAUCCCGCAAUGUUUGCUACAGGCGAUCCUUCUCUUCCAAUCUCAGAUCCGUCGCCAGCGUACGAACCCGACUACCUACCGAAUGGUGCACCAAAAGUCAAGAUGCGCCAGCCACGAAGCGAUGGUCCUUCCACAACAACCACAAAUCCGCAUCCCGCACCACCACCAGUGGACACAUCCACCCUCCUGCCCAACGGCAAGCCCAAAGCCAAGCCGCGCCAACCACGCUCCAAAAAUUUGUGA